UUUCUGCUUCAUCAUCAGUACCAAACGAACUGAAGUUCAAUCUACUAGUUCAACAGUACCUAAAUUAAGAGAUAUAAAAACAUUAAUAACCAUGUCUUGUUUAAAUGCGAUUGUGCUUGCCCUGGCCACUAUUGCCAUUGCUCAGAUAAACGCUAUUCCAGUUUACCAAGAUUCUAAUGGCAACGAGUAUUAUCUAGUACCAGUAGCGGCUGUUCAAUCUCAAGAAAGCCACAGACAUGUUAGAUCUGCAAAUCCUCAACGUGAAACGACCUAUGAUAUUGGCAACAAACAUGUUGGACUUGGUCAAAAAUACACCUUUGUCGACAACGAUAAACACCAAUUCUCUGCGAAUGCAUAUGGUGGACGUGAUUUCGCUCCCAAGGGGCCUCUGACCACUGGACAAGGUGCUGAAUAUCUUCACAAACCAUCAGGCAGCAACUUCCAAGUGAACGCCGAGAAUACUCGCGGUGCUGGUACCGACUUCAAGGCUACCGGAACUUACAACUUCUUCCAGACUCAGGACAAACGUGGUCGCGUGGGUGUUGCCGGCGAGUACGAACGCCAUUAUGGAGGACGAGGUGGCACCACUGAUCCUAAAUACAAUGUUCUUCUUAAGGGCAGCUACGAUUUUUAAAUAGACUCAAUCAAAUGUGUUUCUUGAAGCUUUAAUAUUUAUUAUACUAAUUUGUAAAUCUUAAAAGAUAUAUAAGAAAUAAAGAAAAUUUUAUAAACAUAAA